AUGAGGACAACUAUUGCCGGAAUUUUUACAGGCCCACAGACUCUUCCCUUGGCCGUCAAGAUUUCCGCCAAAGAUAGAAACUCCGUUGACCCCCACGAACUUCAACCAGUACUCCCUAUUCCCGAGAACCUCGUAAUUCGAGGGAGCCACAAGAGUCCCGUCGAUGUGAAUCGCGAUGGCCUUCCUCUUGCAGGUGCGGCCAUAAAAAAUCACGGCCCCCAAGUGGUACCUCCCCUCGGGCACAUAAAUAAUGGCUGCGGGCCCCAGAUAGGCGCAGGCCCGGUUCCACGCCUGCAGAAAGGCCCACUUGGAGUCGGAUAG